UUUCUCUCGUUUCGCUGCUUAUAUAUAGCUUCCGAUCCGCUCUUCUCUUCAGCAAACCGCUCUUCAAUUCCCUGUCACCAAUCCUGUUUGGUCCUUCGAUUCUGCUAUCUCCGAUUACGUCCAAACAAGCCCACCAACAAAACCAAAAAAAAAAACAAAAAGACUCAAAGGGGGGUUGGGUUCAUUCUUCAUUUCUGUUCCACGAGAAUUAAUUAUGGCAGAAACCCAGAGCCGUGGCUUUGUUUUUUCUGGAAAGAAGAGAGCUGCAGGGGCUGAUGACUUCGACGGGGAUGAUCUUUUCAUGUCCAAGAAAUCAAUGUUGCCAACACUGGCACCAGCAUGGGAAAACGACCCUGCCGCUGCAUUAGCCAGCGCGCGCCAUGAAUUCGGUGAGCAUGGUGGCGUUAACAUGUCCAUCGAGGCCUCUGCCACCUUCACCGUCAUGGAACCUGAGACCAUGCGCCGCAUGUUUGCCGGCGAACUCGGCCCUGAUCGUGAUUUCUUCAUUUAUAGCCGUCACUUCAACCCCACUGUCUUAAAUCUUGGCCGUCAGAUGGCAGCCUUGGAAGGAACCGAAGCUGCCUAUUGCACUGCUAGCGGUAUGUCUGCUAUAUCUUCCGUGCUGUUGCAACUCUGCAGCAGCGGCGGACACGUGGUGGCAUCGAGGGCUCUCUACGGGGGAACACAUGCACUUCUAACCCAUUUCUUGCCUAGAGCAUGUGGCAUCACAGCCACGUUCGUGGACGUAUGUGAUCACGAAGCAGUGAGAAAUGCUAUCAUCGAAGGAAAGACCAAAGUUCUGUAUUUCGAGUCCAUGUCUAACCCAACGCUCACCGUAGCCAACAUUCCGGAGCUAAGCAGGAUAGCACACGAAAAGGGGACCACGGUGGUGGUAGACAACACCUUCGCUCCCAUGGUUCUUUCCCCUGCUCGGCUUGGUGCUGAUGUGGUUGUCCAUAGUAUCUCCAAGUUCAUUAGCGGUGGGGCCGAUGUUAUUGCAGGUGCUGUUUGUGGUCCUGCAAGCCUGGUGAACUCCAUGAUGGACCUUCAUCAAGGUGCUCUGAUGCUUCUGGGUCCGACUAUGAACGCCAAGGUUGCCUUUGAACUCUCUGAGAGGAUUCCUCAUUUGGGCCUGAGAAUGAAAGAGCACUGCAGAAGAGCUUCGGCUUAUGCCACAAGAAUGAAGAAAUUGGGGCUCAAGGUCAUAUACCCGGGCCUCGAGGACCACCCCCAACACGAGCUAUUGAAGUCCAUGGCCAAUAAGGAAUAUGGGUUUGGCGGGCUUCUCUGCCUUGACAUGGAAUCAGAAGAAAGAGCCAACAGGCUGAUGCACCACUUGCAGAACUAUACUCAAUUUGGUUUCAUGGCGGUGAGCUUGGGUUACUAUGAGACUCUAAUGUCUUGCUCCGGAAGCAGUACAAGUAGUGAACUGAAUGCUGAAGAGAAGACCCUUGCCGGCAUUUCGCCAGGGCUGGUGAGGAUGUCGAUUGGAUACAUUGGGACACUGGAGCAGCGGUGGAGCCAACUAGAGAAGGCGCUCUCGAGGAUGCAGGAAUCCACCUUAUUCAGUAAAAACUGAUGUUCUCUAAUGUUCAAUAAUGGGUUGGUCCCUAGUUCAUGUAUAGAAGGUUUCCCUUUGUGUUAUUUCACUUGUUAGAUGCUGGACCUUUUGCAUAAUAUAAUGUUUCUUUUUAAUAAGCAAAAAAAGCUUCAACUUCAACAAA